AUGGUGUCUUACAAGAGGAGCCCUUCUAUGCCCAGGGAUCGGGGUUAUAAGACUAAUAUGUCAGACGCUGAUGAAGACGAGAGUGAAAUUACCCCACCACACCACCUUAAUGUCGCCUAUGAGCUUGCUCACCCGUAUAUCGAGAACUCUGUCUUCAAUAUACCGAUCACCCGCAAACCUGUCUCUCGUGAACCAGCCGUUCCCGAAUCUGUCUUUGAUGAAUUGGAGGCCGAAAUGGAACGUUGUCUUGAAGCUCAAAUGGCUGAGGAUGCAGCUGCUGAAGAAAAAUCUUCAACACCGGUCAUUCCUCGCUCUGCUUUCGAUAAUUUUGAAGCAGAAGAUGAUUUUUCCUUUGAUGAGAGACAUCAGCAGGAUCACUCGGAGGAAAUCUCAUCAGCCCCUGUUGUGAGCUCAAUGGUUUCUCUAAAGAGUUCCGCCGACUUUGAGGGAGAUUUCAAUGAUGCAAUAUUUGAGUUUAAGGAUGCUUCAGGUCAGGAGUCUAGAUUAACAGACGAGGAUCCAUUUUCCCUGCUAGACGCUUCUUUCACUUUCUCAAACGCCAUGGAAAUGCCAGUAGAGCAAUCUUCGACCUCUGAAGAUGACGACUCAGAUUCUACCAAAGAAUCCAGCGAUAUACCAGAAGAGGAAACCCCUCGGUCCGAAUCACCCGAGGUAAGCACUGGCCCAUAUGUUAGCCUAGAAGGCUGCGUCGGUUUGCCUCCACUUGAAGAUUUUCCUGACGAUUCUGAAGGCUCCGAUGACUGUGAUGAAUCUAGCCACUCCGACGUUGAGGAUUCAGAGAUGUCAGAAAGUGAUGAAUGCGAAAUCAUUACCAUAGAUGACACCACACCAGAAGAGUCCGAUGAAGAUGUUGAUCUCGAAAACUUAGAUGAAGAUGAAGAUGCAGAGCUUUACCAAAAGCACAGGGUCCCGGCAGACCUGGCGAAUGUCGAAAUCACAAUGAAACCAACAGAAUUGCAAUUUCUGAAGGCCAAGACAUCAUGGGAAUUGUUUGACCUUCAAAAAUGGGAGCAGGAGAAUGAAGUCGAAGUUUAUGCAACAUUCGACCGCGAGCUUCUCCUUCGCAACUUGAACGUCUCGAAGAAACGCAUUGCCAAGUAUAUGAAGGUGGUGAAAAAAUACGAGAAUCACACUGUCCCAAAAGCUGAGGCUGUGAUGGAGGACGACAGCAGUGAUGAUUCGGGUGACGAUGAAUGUUCUCAUCCCACCAAUCUCAAUAUACCACAAGUUGUUGAGAUUAUCAACGUCCCAGAAAGUCCCCCUGUCGUCGAACUUGAUACCGAGGUUGAAAGUAAUGCCCAUCCAUUCGGACCCAUCGAUUGGUAG